GUCCGGCAGCAGGAGGCAGCGGGGAGGUUUCCCCGGCGGCCCCGCUCGCCCGUAGUCCGGCGGGGCAUGCCCGGCCCCAGGAUGCCGGCCUGGGGGAUCCUGCCCGUCACGCUGCCUGCCUUCACCAUCACCGGCAUGUGGAUCGUAUAUGCCAUGGCACUGUCCAACAACCACAUCUGCCCUGUCCACAACUGGAGUUACAACCAGUCAUGUGACAUGGACGGCCCCAGCUCCUGCUGCACGCUGGAUCACAUCCCCCUUGUCAGCAAGUGUGGCACCCUGCCUCCCGAGAGCUGCUUCUUCAGCCUCAUCUGCAGCCUGGGCUCCUUCAUGGUCAUCCUGGUGGGACUGCUCCGCUAUGCCCAUCUCCUGGAGCGCCUGGGGCCAUCUCUCCUCAACACUCUGGGGCUGGCCACUGGCUGGGUCUGUGCUGCUGGCCUCACCAUGGUUGGCAACUUUCAGGUGGAUCACGCCAAGGUGCUACACUACAUUGGGGCAGGGGUGGCCUUUCCCACCAGCAUGCUGUUCCUGCUCCUGCAGUCCAUCCUCACCUACCGCAUGGCCAAAACCCGAGGGCAGUACUGGACCGGCCACUUACGUAGCAUCCUCACCACUGUGGCCUUCUUCACCCUCGUCUUCAGUGGUGUGUUCUUCAUCCAGGAGAGCUUUGUGCUACAGCACGUCGCUGCCCUCUGUGAGUGGAUGUUCAUCAUUGAUGUUCUGGUUUUCUAUGGAACGUUCACCUUUGAGUUUGGGGCCAUCUCCACAGACACCUUCUUGGUCCUGCUGAAAGCCAGCCGGGCUCCCAAAAGUUACAAAGGCGAGAGCAGCCUGUCCAGUAUGGCCCACAUCCACAACCACGUGGAGGGUCUGGCUAUGGCCUGAUCCCCACAGGAGGCAGCCCACAGUGGAGACCCCGAACUGGGCUCUGACAGUGACUCCCCACCUUGAAUAUCUCUGAAAACCCCGCUGCAGUGUGUGUGUGUAUGUGUAUGUGUGUGCACAUGGGUCUGCAGUGCCCUCCACUCUCAGCAGGAGCUGUGUCCAGAGCUCCUCUGGCAGCUGCUACCCCUGCAAGAGCUGUCCUCUCCCUGCCCACAGGGUUUGGGGUCACUGCUGGGCUGUGGGGAUGCCGACCUGGUGCUAUCAGCAGAAGCAGGAUCUGCCCCUGAGCCUCUGGGGUAGCCUGGUCUGA